CGCCACAGGUUUCCAAUUGAUUCUGUCACCUAAACUCAGGUUGAGGCGGAGGCCCAGAAGUCCUGAGCUUGUCGGUGAGCGUCUGCGCUGCGCGCUCGUUCGCUAGCAGGCCCCGGGCGAGCAGAGCUGCCAGGUGUUCAGACCAAAAGCCGUGGAACAAUCCUUGACAUCACCUCCAAUCCGUUAGCAAAUCUUGUUAGCUGUACCUUCAAAAUAUACCCGGAAUGCGACCACUUCUUACCACUUCCACGGUUAUCAGUGUGGGCCAAACCACCGUCAUCGCUGCCUGGCUUAUCGCCUUGUGAAAUUUAUCCUAUGCUUAAUGGGAAUGGAUCAUGCUAAAAUACUUUUGUCAUAUGAAAUUGAGAUGGCAGAAGAAGAGGACUAUAUGUCUGAUUCCUUCAUUAAUGUCCAAGAAGAUAUCAGACCAGGAUUGCCAAUGUUGAGGCAAAUUCGAGAAGCCCGUCGAAAAGAAGAAAAGCAGCAGGAAGCUAAUUUGAAAAACAGGCAGAAGAGUCUAAAGGAAGAAGAACAAGAAAGACGUGACAUUGGGUUGAAGAAUGCACUAGGCUGUGAAAACAAAGGGUUUGCUUUGCUCCAGAAGAUGGGAUAUAAAAGUGGUCAGGCCCUUGGCAAGAGUGGAGAUGGUAUUGUUGAACCAAUUCCCCUCAAAGUCAAAACAGGGAAAAGUGGCAUUGGUCAUGAAGCAUCAUUAAAACGAAAAGCAGAGGAAAAAUUAGAAAGCUACAGAAGAAAGAGUCACAUGAAAAACCAAACUGAAGCAAAAGCUGCAGAAGAGUUUCGAAUGCGACUUAAAAAUAAGCAAGAUGAAAUGAAGCUAGAAGGAGAUCUUAGAAGAAGCCAGCGAGCCUGUCAACAAUUGGAUACUCAGAAGAAUAUUCAGGUUCCCAGGGAGGCCUGGUACUGGUUGAGGCCUGAAGAAGAGACGGAAGAAGAGGAAGAGGAAGAGGAAGAAAAAGAACAAGAUGAAGAUGAAGAUGAAUAUAAGAGUGAAGAUUUAAGUGUCCUGGACAAGUUACAAAUAUUGACUAGUUAUUUAAGAGAAAAACAUCUGUAUUGUAUUUGGUGUGGAACAGCCUAUGAAGAUAAAGAAGACCUGUCUUCCAAUUGCCCGGGACCAACUUCUGCAGAUCAUGACUAAGAUUAUUCUCAAUAAAAUAGAAACUUGGAAAAUGCUGUUGUUCCCACGCAAAGAAAGACAGUUGAACAGUUGGAAUGCCCAGAUUUUUGAUGCCAGUAAAGAAAAAGGG